UAUCAAAGCUCGAUGCGUGCGGUCGUCUCAAAGAGCGUGUGUUUUCCGGAAAACUGACUAUCGACUUCGUCAUUUCAACGGGUUAGGACUAAGCCGUGUUGAAGUGACUGUGGCGUUGAAUCUUCUGUGACUGUACUUUCAGUUUUCCAGAUAAUUUUCCCGUGUGACAUUAGCUACGAUUUGCGGAUGCCCCUUGUGGGGAUUGUGUUCAUUCCGAGAAGCUGGAACUAAUGGAUCCCAACAGGAGUUGACUUCGCGGGUAACAUGAGAGCCACGAGUGUGUUUUGGCGCGAUAUGCCAAUCGCUGCCACUCUCUUGGUAGUGACUGCUGUAUGCGUUUCUGCCAGAGAUGUCGUUUUAGAUGACACAUACACCGUUGUUGAGGCGCUAAGUAGCGAGAAGCUGAGAUUGAUAUGCGGUUUGAAGCCAAAGAACCAGGUGCAGACGAUACGUUGGUACAAAGAUGGACAACUGUUAGACACUACAAAGGGCAGAACAACGCAGAAGCAAUGGAGGAUACGCGGGUUCCAACCACAAGACGCUGGCUUAUAUACGUGUCGAAACGAAGAUGACAAAAAUAAGGAAAUGAGCGUCAUUAUAAAACAGAAAAUUACUCCAGAAUUAGAGGAAUACCAAUCUGAUGCUGAAAUUCAGAGGGUAAUGCCGGAGAUAUUAUCUCAACAUCGAGCCGCACCCUUGGUAAAAAAUGCAUCUACAUCAACAGAAAAUAUAACCAAUGAAAUCAGAAGACACAAACAAGAUACUUACGAUAAUAUUAAAGAUGAAGACGAAGAAGAAAGCUCCGAUAAUCACACCGACGCAAAACAUCAAGAUGUGGAUACACACACCGAUGUGAAAUUUGCGCCACGAUUCAAACAUCCUUCGAAAAUGUUCAAUAUGGACAUGAAACCUGCAGGUAGCUCUAUCAGGCUACGAUGUGCUGCUGAAGGGAAUCCUACGCCGAAUAUAACGUGGUACAAAAAUAAUGGUCUACCUAUAACGAGACCUUACUUUCCUCCUUCAUAUGGCAAAUGGGCUAUAUCACUUGAGGAGUUGACGAAAGCAGAUAAUGGAAAUUAUACAUGCCUUGUAUGUAACGAGUUAGGUUGCAUCAACCAUACAGUGCAUCUCCUCAUUCAAGAGCGUCUGUACGCGAAACCUGUCCUCACUCAUGGCGUAGUCAACCAAACCGCGGUAGUUGGUGACACGGCCAGAUUUAGCUGCGAAUUCUUAUCAGAUAUGCACCCAUAUGUAUACUGGAUGUACUUCGCCAAAGAUGAACUAGUGUACCACGAUACAGUCGAGUCUAACGAAGGCUACGCUAAGGAUAUGGUGGUGUACGCAGAUCUAACCAAAAUCAAAUUGAGUCAAAAUGCAUCAGAUAAACCAGAGCAACUAACUCUAUACAAUGUAACUAAAGAAGACGAGGGUUGGUACGUUUGUGUUGCUCUGAAUACUCUUGGUAAUACUACUGCUAAAGGUUACCUCACCGUUCUGGAAUCUCUCCCGGAUAAAGAACAUGUCGAUCAUGGAAAGCAUGCGUUAUUUAUCAACAUACUGACAGCUGUUCUCGGAGCAAUGUUCUUUGUAGCGGCUAUAAUAGUGGUAAUGAUAUUUAAAAAGUUAAAACGGGAGAAAAUAAAGAAACAACUAGCAAUAGAGACAGCGAGAGCAGUCAUAGUCACGCACUGGACCAAAAAGGUGACGGUAGAGAAGCCGCAGAUUAAUGGAUCAAAUGUGGAUAUGACUGAAGGAUUGUUAAUGCCUGUUGUAAAGAUCGAGAAACAGAAACUUUCUCAAGUACAGAGCAAUACUAGUGAUUCAAUGAUGAUGUCAGAGUAUGAGCUGCCAGUGGAUAUAGAUUGGGAGGUCCCCAGAGAAUCUCUCAGUCUUGGGAAGGUGCUUGGUGAGGGAGAGUUCGGAAAAGUUGUGAAAGCCGAGUGCACCGGUAUUUUGAAACCUGGCAUUCAAUCAGUAGUAGCAGUCAAAAUGUUAAAAGAAGGCCAUACGGACGCAGAAAUGAUGGCAUUAGUCUCAGAAAUGGAAAUGAUGAAGAUGAUAGGGAAGCAUGUGAACAUAAUCAAUUUAUUGGGUUGUUGUACUCAAGACGGUCCAUUGUAUGUUAUAGUAGAAUACGCUCCAAAUGGUAAUUUGAGGGAGUUCCUUAGAAAUCAUCGACCUGGGAACAGAUAUGAAUCACCUACGGAAGACCUUAAAGAUAAGAAGACACUGACGCAAAAGGAUUUGGUUUCCUUCUCAUAUCAAGUCGCCAGAGGCAUGGAAUAUUUAGCCUCUAGACGAUGCAUCCACCGAGACUUGGCGGCGCGGAAUGUCCUUGUUUCUGACGACUGCGUCUUAAAGAUCGCAGACUUCGGCCUUGCGAAAGACGUCCACAGCAAUGACUAUUACAGGAAGAAGACUGAAGGCCGUCUGCCGGUCCGGUGGAUGGCGCCGGAGUCACUCUACCACAAAGUAUUUACUACGCAGACGGAUGUCUGGUCAUUUGGUGUGCUGCUCUGGGAGAUCAUGACGUUGGGCGGGACGCCUUACCCGACUGUGCCUGGGCAGUAUAUGUACCAACAUUUGAGCGCCGGUCACCGCAUGGAAAAGCCGCCAUGCUGUAGUCUUGAAAUUUACAUGCUGAUGCGUGAAUGCUGGUCCUUUUCGCCUGGCGACCGACCGUCGUUCACAGAACUGGUCGAAGACUUAGACAAAAUCCUGACAGUGACUGCGAACCAAGAGUACCUUGACCUGGGUCUGCCCCAGCUGGACACUCCACCGUCUAGUUACGACGGUUCUGGAGACGAGAGUGAUAGCGAAUUUCCCUUUAUAAAAUAAAAAUAUUUGAGUCUUUAGAUUUUAUUCUCGAGUUGACUUUUUAAUAUGACUGUGUACUAGACAUAGUUCGAAUAAACGGGCAGCUAGAUGUCAUUUUGAUCACAAAGAAAGGUGGCAGGAAGCUGAAGUUAUGAUGAAGGUACAAAUAGGUUUUCUUGGACAAGUCCAGGUUUAUUUUGUGGCAUUAUUUAUGGUAGGUAGUAGUCGAGUUCAGUGUAUAUAGUGGUUUAUAGGUACUAUUAUUAAGUCGCACUGUAUUUAGAAGAUUUUUUUGGAAAUUAUGUUGAAAAUAAUUUGUUUUUGACAACAAAUACUUGUAAGUGCCUUAAAAAAAACGAAAUGUUAAUGCUUUUCUUAAGGAGCAAUGAGGUAAUAUUUUCCUUAAGUGACCUGAUCUGAAAAAGGAAUUUUUUUUUCUUACACUUAGAGAAGUCAUCGAAUUGUCAAUCUUUUAACAUGUAAAUGUAGAAUGUAAAAAAAAAGCUGGUGUUGCUAAACUGCUGUUAUACACCAACGGAGACUUUUAUUAAGGUAGUCGUAUCAUAAUUUAUUUUGUAUGUAGGUAUGUAUAUCAAACCAAAAACUGAGCAAAGUAUUGCAUAAUAAAGUAAAUAUAGAUGUAAAAGAUUUGUAGAACAAGGGAGAUAGUUAUAAUAGCCAGGAAGUGGCCGAAUUUGGCACGUAUCUAUGGCCUGUUAACUGUUGUGUAAAUAUCGCUUAGAACCAAAGUUGUACAUUGUAUAAAUCUGGUUUUUUAAUACUUACCGUCGUUACUGCAGAGUUUACAUUUUGAUUCCGCUUUUAAUAUCCUAGAAAUUCACUUUAUAUUUUUUGUUACGAACUAAAUACGUAGGUAGUCAUAAUAGGUAGUUGGAUGGUCUAGUCUACGGAAAUGAUUGACAUGAACGUGUAGUGACUUCAAUAUACAUAAUACGUAUUAUAAUAUUUAUGCUUAGUAAGUAUAACAGGCUUAUGAAGUGUUUCAAUAAUUAAUUUUUAAGAUCUUUGAUGUAUAUUUUUUGUUAAAGAAUGUUAGUUAGUGCGUAAUAAUAGUCGUGUUUAGGAAAUUAAAGCAUUUUACCACCAAAUUUUAUUUGUACUUAAUUAGUUUUUAAACUGAACUUAGGAAACAUAAAUAUUGUGACCUUCAAUAAUUACUAUAGAUUGUAAGUCAAUAUCACAAUUUUAGGUACGAACUUUGUAAAUAUAUGUCUGGGGAUUACCUACAAAAAGUAUUGCAAAUUGUAGCAACAUUUAUUAAAUUAAAUGUUACAUCGUAGGAAAAUGUAAUCAGAAAUCAAGGUUCAGAAAAUUGAGUAGUUAAUAAAUUGUGAAUUAUAUAAUAUUUAACAUACUUUCGUAUCAUGGGCGUUGUUAUGGGUGGCACUCGGUGCUGGGGGGUUAGCGAAGAUGGAAACGACUAUGAAACUCCACAGACACAGUGAUAAAAUAUAUAUAAUUCCACUUGAUAUUAACUCAGAAUCAUGGUCUGCGUCAUCCCCCUUAGUAUUCGUUACGAUAUUACUAACACCCUGUAUAUCACUGUCACUGUCGAUUGUCACAAUGGUUUGCAUCUUGGCUAAGGCCUCUGGUAGGUCAGUUCUGUUCCAUUAGGUACAAUUAAUGAUAAACGAAUAGGUAGGUAACCGAAAAUUAUAGCUUCGACCUUUGAUAAAGAUUCGUGUUUUCUGACAAAGAAUCUCGUUGGUCAUACAGAUAACGCCACGAGACAAGAUUGAAAGAACAUCUUGGUUAAUGUGGCUUCCACUUAUAUUUAAAAAGGUAUCCAUAUUAGUCAACACUGUAAAUGUAAAAAGGUCAUUAAUUAUUCGGUUAAAGAAAAAUAAUUCUUAGUUAUACAGAUAAACAUAAGUCUUAAUGAUUUAUCGUUGAAAGCGUUUAGAUAUGACGGUUUGAGUAACAUUUUUUUCACGGGUGUCACCUGGCAUGUUUAAAAAACUUACAAUUGUAAAUUACAAUGAUAAUUUGAUGUACAUUGCGGAUUAUGUGAUCACGAAUAUUUUGCAGUUUCAUAUUAGCUACGUAAUGAACAUCAAAUUGUCGUUGUAAUUUACAAUUGUAAGUUAUAUUAAACAGGCCCCUGACCUCCAGUCGGUUCGCAUACGCUGCUGUUUCGAGUGAAUCAUUUUAAUGCACGUGGAGGAUAAUCUAUUUCGUGAACAAUAUCACAAUUUUAUCUUUUGAUGUGAAGAUAAUCAAAUGAAGUAUUAUUUUUAUUGAUGUCUCAUCUCCUGAACCUAAAAUGUAUUAGUUAGUCCACGCUAAUACCAAGGGCAUGCCCUUAUUGUAUCUAUAUUAAUAGUUAUAUAUUUAAUAUUUUCAAUGUAAAACUUUGAGACCUUUAUAAAGAAUUAAACUCUUCCGUAGAA